AUGGUCAGCAACACCCAAGAUUGUUCCAUUUCAGUCAAGAUGUCACAAGAGGAAUUCAACCUGAAUAAGACAGAUGAGGAUUUACGAACCACCUCAUCAAAUACAGAUUUACCAACGCUUUUACCAUUGGAAGUAAUUGAUCGUUCCAUUGGUUCCAACAUCAGGAUAUUAUUGACUAACUACAAGGAGUUCACAGGAACUUUGAUUGGAUUCGAUGAUUUUGUAAACGUUGUCUUGGAGGAUGUUGUUGAAUUGCAAACGAAUGGCAUUAAAAGUAAGCCGAUCAAGAAAAUGUUGCUAAAUGGUGCUCAAAUUGCAAUGCUCUGCCCGACAUGUUAG